AUGCCUAAUUUCACGGAUGUGACAGAAUUUAUUCUUCUGGGGCUGACCUGUCAGCAGGAGCUACGAAUUCUCUUUUUCGUGGUGUUCCUGGUAGUUUACAUGAUCACUCUGUUAGGAAAUAUUGGUAUGAUCAUUUUGAUCAGCAUCAGUCCCCAGCUUCAGAGCCCUAUGUACUUUUUCCUGAGUCAUUUGUCUUUUGUAGAUGUGUGGUUCUCCUCCAAUGUCACCCCUAAAAUGCUGGAAAACUUAAUAUCUAAGACAAAAACCAUCUCCUAUGUGGGGUGUUUGGUGCAGUGCUACUUUUUCAUUGCCCUUGUGCAUGUGGAGGUCUAUAUUUUGGCAGUGAUGGCCUUUGAUCGCUACAUGGCCAUCUGCAACCCUUUGCUUUAUGGCAGUAAAAUGUCCAGGAUUGUGUGUGUGCGGCUCAUCUCUGUGCCUUAUGUCUAUGGAUUCUCGGUUAGUCUCAUAUGCACACUAUGGACUUACGGCUUGUACUUCUGUGGAGACUUGGAAAUCAACCACUUCUAUUGCGCAGACCCUCCUCUCAUCAAGAUUGCCUGUGGGGGAGUGCACAUCAAGGAAUACACAAUGAUUGUUAUUGCCGGAAUUAACUUCACAUAUUCCCUCUCAGUGGUCCUCAUCUCCUACACCCUCAUCGUAGUGGCUGUGCUGCGCAUGCGCUCUGCUGAUGGGAGGAGGAAAGCCUUUUCCACCUGCGGGUCCCACUUGACAGCUGUUUCCAUGUUUUACGGGACCCUCAUAUUCAUGUAUCUGAGGCGGCCCACUGAGGAGUCUGUGGAGCAGGGAAAAAUGGUGGCCGUGUUUUAUACCACAGUGAUUCCCAUGCUGAAUCCCAUGAUCUAUAGUCUGAGAAACAAGGACGUGAAAGAGGCCGUCAGCAAAGCAAUCACAAAGGCAAACUUGGGCCAGUAA